AACACCAAAAGAAUCUCUCCUGUCUCUCUCUCUUUCUGUUUCUUUAUCUGUUUUGCUCUCUCUCCUUUUCUGUCUCUCUCUCCUCCUUUUCUCUGUCCUUUUCCACACAGGUUGUGAGCUGUGAGUUGCAUUGUGAGCUGACAUACAGGGGGAGUGUAUGAAGACUGCCCAUGCUUACCAAAGAAGACAGCACAUAGGAGAUGAGGACUUAGAAAAGGUUUUGGGGAGUGUGUUUAGUGCUCGUGUGGUGGUGGAGCCAUGGGGGACUGGAAUUCGCUGGGGAAGCUGCUGGAGAGUGCCCAGGAGCACAGCACGGUGGUGGGCAAGGUCUGGCUCACCGUCCUCUUCAUCUUCCGCAUCCUGGUGCUAGGCGCAGCCGCCGAGAAGGUGUGGGGCGACGAGCAGUCGGGCUUCACCUGCGACACCAAGCAGCCCGGUUGCCAGAACGUCUGCUAUGACAAGACCUUCCCCAUCUCGCACAUCCGCUUCUGGGUGCUGCAGAUCAUCUUCGUGUCCACGCCCACGCUCAUCUACCUGGGCCACAUCCUGCACCUGGUGCGCAUGGAGGAGAAGCAGAAGCAGCGGGAGAAGGAUCUGGCCGACCAGCUGGAGGAGGCGCAGCUGACCGCCGCUGCCGCCGCCCACGCCAGCGGCGACAAGCAACAGCUGCUGCUCCUGGCGCCUGACGCUGCCGUCGCCAUCGCCAAGGGCCGCAAGGCGCCAGUGCGUGACGAUCAGGGCCGCAUCCGCCUACAGGGGGUGCUGCUGCGCACCUACGUCUUCAACAUCAUCUUCAAGACGCUGUUCGAGGUGGGCUUCAUCGUGGCGCAGUACUUCCUUUACGGCUUCGAUCUCAAGCCGCUGUACACGUGCAACCGGCCGCCGUGUCCCAACGUGGUCAACUGCUACAUCUCGCGCCCCACCGAGAAGACCAUCUUCAUCCUAUUCAUGCUGGUGGUGGCGUGCAUCUCGCUGCUGCUCAACCUGGUGGAGAUGUAUCACCUGGGCUUCACCAAGUGCCGCCAAGGCCUGAAAUACCGACGCACGCAGUCAGUUCUGACCGGUGGCAGCGGAGGGAACAAGCCGCCCAGCAACACGACGGAGGCAGUGGUGCCCUUCGCCGUGCCCAGCUACAGCUACUACCCGCAGCCGGCCACGGCGCCCGAGCCCUACACCUCCGAGUCCCACUACGGCAUGACGGAGCCGGACUCGGCCUUCCAGCCCUACAGCAGCAAGGUGGCCUACAAGCAGAACAGGGACAACCUGGCGGUGGAGCGCAGCGGCAGCACCAAGCCCGACACCGCAGAGAUGAAGCCCAAGAGGAGCUCCAGCUCGGCCCCGGGCUCGCCCAUGCAGAACCAGCGUCGGCCCAGCCGCUCCAGUCGCCACAGCAACAACAAAACACGGCUGGAUGACCUCAAGAUCUGAUACGGGGGGCAAAAGGAAACUGGAAUAGUGGGUAGCUGCCUAAUGGUGGGCUUGGCACAUACAAAGAGCCUUUACCUUAAUGAGAAAAUAACAGCAAAGAGUGUUACAGCCUGUGGAUAGUUUAUCCUGAACAUUAAAGAUUUACUUGAAAACUGA